GUAUGGUGUAACUCCUGAGAAUAUCAUCUUGUAUGGUCAGAGCAUCGGCACGGUGCCCACCAUCGAUCUGGCUGCUCGCUAUGAAUGUGCUGCCGUCAUCCUGCACUCACCACUAAUGUCGGGCUUACGGGUGGCCUUCCCUGACACACGCAAGACUUACUGCUUCGAUGCCUUCCCCAGUAUCGACAAGGUGUCCAAGGUGGCGUCCCCGGUGCUUGUAAUUCAUGGCACAGAGGACGAGGUCAUUGACUUCUCCCAUGGCUUGGCGAUGUAUGAGCGCUGUCCCCGUGCGGUUGAGCCUCUUUGGGUGGAGGGAGCUGGCCACAAUGACAUUGAGCUAUAUGCUCAGUACCUGGAGAGGCUCAAACAGUUCAUCUCUUUCGAGCUUUCCACUUCUUGAGGACCUUGGAAUUCGGGCCCGGGUUCAUUUCAAGACACUCAAGAAGUAUCCUCAUCAUUUCCUCUGGAGGGACACAACAGGAGUAAAAUGAUGACACCAUCAAUGGUUAGCCCAAAUAUGGAGUUCUUCAAGACCUGGCUGGUGCUCCUACGAGACACAACAACCUGCUAAUGAGCCCGGGCCUCGACAGUGUUUCUAACUGCUGCUCACUCUUGAUUCAUUAUCCACUCCAAAUCUUUGCUUCCUUCCCACUCUCUACUUAUUCUAUCUCCCCUGUCUUUUGUAUGUCAGUCUUUCACCGUGAGCUUCUGUUGCUCACACUUUCAUAUCCUUCAUUCUGUUUGGUCCACGAUUGCCCUUCUUUUCUUUUGACUGAGUAUUUGCAAUGUUGAAUUUUGUAUUCUUUUAUACAAGGUAAAGAAGUAUCAGUUUUGAACCUCAAGAUACUGUGGACGAAGAGUUUCCUUUUUCCUUUCUUUAACUUUACCAUUCAGGGUUGAUUACAGGGUUGCACUGUAAUGUUGCAUUUUGUUAGCUGACAUUUCAUUAUGUUUUUAUUUGACGUAAAACUGUGAUUUUCUUUUUUUUCUCUCAUAUUUUUUUUGUUGGCCAGACUGCAUCCCAGCUUGUUUAGGCUCUGUAUUCUGUAGUGUUGAUGCACGCUGCUCUCUCAUGUAGGGAUAAUGGCAAACUUCAACUGGCACAUUCCACAUCUACAGCAGUUUGCUCCUUUAGAUGUUGUACAAACUUCAAGCAGAGAGGUUUGAAAUGCAUUGUGGUGAGAGGAUCAUGUACACCAGCUGGCCUCACCAGUUAGUCAUUGAUCGUCUCAUCACAAUGCAGUGUUUUACUGGGAAACCUUUGGUCCUGCAAUACAUAUUUUACCUUGAGACACGGCACAGCUCACUAUGGCAGUGGCACUCCCCGAUCACUACAGCCUCUGGUCACAGCUGUUGUGCAGGUGUUUGUGUGUGUGUGUGUGUCAUUUGUAAAAUGGAAGUGGUUAUAAUGAGUUGGUCACGCACACACAGCUGGUCUCAGUGGAUAUUACAUAAGGAUUGUGGGCAGCAAAUUAAAGAUGUGGCAUCAUUUUCUUAGGCUCUUUGAUAACUCAUAGAAGGUUGCAGGCAAACAUGGCUUACUGUUUGAAAUCCGUUUGUAGCCUAACCAUAGCAUUUAGCUUCAACCGUGAACAUCAAGAGUCUUCCUGCUGUUUGUUGCAAAACAUUAAACAUUUGCUAGUGUCUUAGUAUGUGUGUGCACUUAUAAAAUUCACAUUUGUAAACUUUGUAAUCACAGUUGUUUCCCUGUAAUCUUACACAGUCCUAAUAUUACUUGUGACAUUCUAUGUUUCUCAGGAAACUGAAUGAUCUGUUGAGUCUUUUUUGAAAGAGAAAGUCCAGAAUAUAUAACACUUAGGUCACUAAUGGUUUGAUGUAAAAAAAAAAAACCAAUUCAUUGACUAGGAAAAUGUUUGGUCAGGAGCAUCCUUAAUGAUAACCGUUUAAGCACAGUUAAAUCAUCCAGCCGUCCAGCGGAGAAGAUCGAGUGCAAGCCAACAGGACAGUCUGCUUCUCACACCACACAGGAAACACACACAUCUAUUUUGGCCCAAACAGUCCUACUUGCCAGAUUUUACCUGGAACAUGAAAGUCAAAUGGUCAGAGUUCGACUAUCAGGGAGCAAUCCAAGUACUAGGAGCUCCGGGAGGUUUGCUGCACAAAGAAAAGAGAACUGUCAGAAAUUUUGAUUGCACCUGGUACAUAUCGAAAAUUCUCAUUGUCGUCUCAUAUGCAGCAGUCUCACACCAUGUGUGCACCUUGGCCUUUAAGCAACACAAAAGGGAAACAUCCCAAAUAAGAAAACCUACCUCUGUGGAAGAGAGAGCAGCGGGUAUCAGAGCUGUGUUAACUGUUGAUUGGCUGGUAAGACAGCUGAUUCACAUGAAAACAAGUCUUGCAAGCUGCCAGGCAGCAUAGAGUGGGUUUGCUUGCCGUCUGAAGACACUGAAUUCUGCUGUGUUUAGGUUGUUCAAAGUGAACAUACAUUUACUGGUUUGGGGGUUGUGCUUAAUUAUCUGUAAUUCCUCACUAAGAACAAAGCCUUAUGUUUGUAUUUCAGUCAGACAUUCCUGUGAACUGCAAGAAGCUUGUAGUCUUCAUGGGGACUGACUGCUGCUAUUUAUCGCAGGAAUCGAUCACUGUGAAAGCCAGACAGUUUGGGGAAUACCGAAAUGAGAGCAAGGUACAAAAAUCAACUUCAGCCUGACUAGUAAUCCUCUGACUCGUGUUCCUGCCUGUAGAAUGAUAGAAAUCGGCCUACAAAGCAGGUGUCUGCUGAACCCUUUGAUAAUUUUAACUUUCAAAGACAAAACCACAAAGAGGAAAUGGAAUGCUGUGAAAAUGACCGACGCAUGCAAAUGAUCACUCCUGGUUUUGGAUGUUGCAUCAGUUGUAUUUGAAUAAUUUAUUUUUUGUUGCCUGCAAGUGGACAAAAAAAAUGAAGCUAUAUGACACUAAGAUCAGAUUUAAACAAAACAAACUAACACUUUGAAGUAAAUGCUGAAUCUUUUCAGGAUUGUGUUUGGGGAAUAUUUGCAUAGCAACUUGUAAUGAUGAUUUGGUGCGCUGCUGUAAUUUGUCAGUUGGAUAUUCGUGUUUUCUGAUCAUAGCUAAUGUUGGACUUUUGAGUAAAAAGUCCUCAAUCAUCUCCAGUGUAUUUCCUUUAGUUUCUCUUCUAAAAGGAAAUGAAGAUCCUCUUAGGACCCGAUUCUUCUUUUGAUACUGACAUUUUUACACAUUUGUCCAAUCUAAAUGUUGAAAGAUUUACACCGUUUCUGAAAAUGGUUUGUACAGUAAUCCUCUGUAAUGGUAUACUUCAGUACUCGGUACAUAUUAGGCCUUUCAUAAGGCUGGCUAGUUUUUAUUGAUUUUAAUAUGCAAAUGAAAGACAGCUAGUAGAAUCGUAUAUUGAUCAUGGUGUGUAAAACAAUGAAAUAAGCCUUAAAUAUGCUGUGAAAUGGAUACAUCAUACAUGUAGUGGUUGCAAGAAGCAGCACAAUGGAUGUUUCAUUGGUUAUAGUGGAAUAAAGGACAUGUGGAAUUGUA